AUGUAUUUCAGAGAACGCGCACGUCGCGAAUUGCCAAUACAAGUAACGUCGAGUGAAGACGAAGGUCCAUGUUUUAUCGACUCCGAAACACCAGUCGGUUGGAUCAAGGCUCUGUCGGAACAGUCCAAUGGAAUAACUAACUCCAGAAAGGAUUUGAUCAACGAUUGUGCUGUGAGUGAUCAUGUGGUUACUUCAGAAGGUUCAGAGAGUGAAAGAAGUUAUACAGGAGGUAAAAGGAAGAAGAAAAAGAAAAAGAUAAGAGGAAAGAUGACGAGAAACCAGUUAAAAGGGACCACAGAAGAUUCGGCUAAUAUGUGGAAAGAAAUAUCGGGCAAGGAGCUGAAUUCAUUAGAAACCAUUAUAGAGUCGUGGGAGGGUUCAGAUUUCGAGACGGCUUGCAACACCCAGGAUCCGGUUGAUGGCAACACAGCUCUGCACAAAGCUGCCAUCGCAGCCAAGCCCGACAUGGUGACACAAAUCCUGAGUUGUGGCGGCGACCCUUGCAUCAAGAACCACCUUCUGCAAACGCCGUACGCGGCCGCACCGCACCACGACACGCGCAUAGCAUUCAGACUCUUCCAGGGACAGUAUCCUGACAAAUAUAACUACGCUAAGUCCCAAAUUCCUGGUCCAAUAACUCCAGAGCUGCUCGAACAAGAGAAAGAGAAGAAGGCUCAACAGAAACGCGCGAAACGACAGCGAGAGAAAGAGAAGCAGGUGGAGAAAAUUAAAACGAAUAAAUUUUUACAACUCACUGAUGAUCAAAAGGUGAAGUCUCUCGAACCUCGAUGUUUCCUCUGCGGGGGCAGUCUGCCCAAAGUGCCGUUUGAGUAUGAAAGCUACAGGUUCUGCACGGUGCGGUGUUUGCAGAACCACAGGAACAUCCGGCCCUUGCACAUGAGCGCGUGAUUUGUAUAAAUACAGAUAUUGAUAGGG